AUGUUUGCUGUGCAAUCCUGGUCUGCGAUGAACUGGCCGUCUGAGAACAGAACGGCUGAUGGGUCGAUAGUACAAAUGGUCCAGUCCGUGUCUGGGGUUGAAAACAUUGGUCAGAAUAUUUAUUGCUAUACAGUUAAACCCCCAUUUUAUCUUGUAGAUAAAACUUACCAAUCAUAUAGUUCCAGGUUUUCCUGGACAUCCAGUUGCACUUACAACUUACAAGACCCUCUAUUGGAGAAAUGGGAGGAUCAGCCACCACUCUUGGAUUUUAAAAUCAUGCUCAUCCAACUUUCCUCCUUGCUGGUUCCCUCUCACUUCACAUAUGUCAUAAUUCUACGCUCAUGGCUUAUGAUUGGUAGUGUUAUUGCGGUGUGA